AUGGCGAGCACCAAAGUUCAGAGGAUUAUGACUUGUACGUUGAACUUGAUUUUCAGAUUUAUUCAAAGCAAAGCUCGCAUUCAAAUUUCGCUUUUUGAGCAGAAGGAUUUGAGGAUUGAAGGCCGAAUCAUUGGUUUUGAUGAGUACAUGAACUUGGUUCUGGGUGAUGCUGAAGAAGUCCAUAUCAAGAAAAAGACCAGAAAGUCAUUAGGAAGGAUUCUUCUCAAAGGAGACAACAUAACUCUGAUGAUGAACACGUAA